GCUAGUCACUACCUAACAUCCUUGGUUACGACUCAUCAAUCGUCAGUCCUGACUUCUGUUGAUGGUGAAGUGAUGCUCGUGGUAAUGGAAACGGUUUGGUAGAAGAACAACAACAUUAGAGGAAGUACAGGAUUGCGACAUUUGUGCAGCGAAAUUAUGUGAAGAAAUGGAUACACAUGAGAGUGAUCUGAUAUGUGUGCCAGGUCAGCGGCUCUGUCUGGCUGAUAAAGGGCAUAUCUCCGGCUGUGGAACUUAUGAGAGACAUGGUUAUAUUUACUCCGCACUGGCUGGAUUUGUCAACAUUGUUAAGAAAGACAAGUCAACUAUUAUAGAAGUUCGAAGUAUUAAUGAUCAGAGUAUUGUACCUGCUCCUGGGGACAUUGUCACAGCAAAGUACCACUUCUCAAAACAUGGAAAGCAACAAGCUUGCAGCAGAAGAGAUUUGUUUCACAGUAUCAAAGAAGAAAUGCUCAUGGCUCUUAAGGUUGCACUGAUCAACCAGCGGUUUUGUAAAUGUGUCAUAAAAUGCAUUGGAGAUACUGUACUAUCAAGACCUUACAGGGGAAUCCUUCGAAAAGAAGAUGUAAGAGCCACCGAAAAAGAUGGCGUUGAAAUGUAUAAAUGUUUUCGUCCUGGCGACAUUAUCCUUGCCAGAGUUCUACCAAUGACAGACAUUCACUCGUAUCAACUGUCAACUGCUGAAAAUGAACUUGGAGUUGUGAUAGCUCAUAGCGAAGCUGGUAUUGAGAUGGUACCUAUCAGCUGGACGCAGAUGCAGUGCCCAAAAACUUUUGUAAAGGAAUGGAGAAAAGUAGCAAAAGUUGUUCCAGAAGAUACAAUAGUAGACUGAGACAUUACAAAAUGUUUUCACUCUUGUUAUACCUUCUAUGAAGUUUAAACAUGACCAUUACUGUUGUGGUCACCAAUAUGACUGUGUAAUAUUUUACAGUGAUUUGUGUGUAGUUCUAAUAUACAAAUUUUUACUUUUUUAAGUA